CACAGCCGGGUCCGUGCUGCGGCGGCGGCUGGCGACGCCGCCGCGAGAUCGCUCGAGAAGCUCCUCGCCGACGGAGAGAUCGGAGACCACAACUUUAUCGCUAUGGCAGAGUGCAUCCUGCAGGACGCCUCGGCACCCGCCCCGCCGCCGCUCGCCGCGCCGGACGCGCCAGAGACGCCGAGCUGCGCCGAGGAGGAGGCGUGGUCUCCGUCGCGUCGACCCGCAAAGAGGAACCCGGCCGCCGCCGCGCCGCCGCAGCGGCGGCCGCCGCAGCCACAGGCGGCACUGCAGCAGCCGCAGCCGCAGAAGCCGCAGCGUCCGCCUCUGCCCGGCUUCCUCUUCUUCUGCUCGGGCAGGACCUUCAGCGAGUGCAUGCAGCGGUCGCUGCUCGGCAGCGGCCCCGGCGACAUGAGGAUCCUCGAGCGCGUGACGCCGACCACGCCGCUCUUUCUCUUCCACUUCUCGCGGCGGCUACUGUACGGCGUCUUCUACGCCGCCCAGCCCGCCGCCCUCAACCAGGUGCCCGAGGCUUGGUGCGGCAAGGCGACGGGCGGUCCCAGCAAGGCCACCGCAUCGAAGAAGGCCGGAGGGUCGCCCUACCCGGCGCAGCUGCGCGUGCUCCGCACGGGUGACAUCCGCGUCUGGACGCCGCCCGACGGCGCGCGCUACACGCAGGGCGCAAUGAGCGCUGAGCUGGUCGACACGCUGCUGCGCGCGCUCCGUGCUAGAGGACGGCAGAGGGGCGGGGACGGAGCAGCCGGCUCCGCCUCCGCCGCCACCGCCACCGACGGGCUUGCGGUGGCGCUCCCUGACGGUGAUGAUGACGCGGCCGCAGCGGCGGUGGCCGCCGGCCACUUCCGCCGGCCCGGCUUGGACGAGAUGCGUGCCCAAGAGCUGCGCCCCGCGGCGGCGGGGUGCGAGGAGGCGCAGCUGACAGCUGCGAGCGGUCUGCCCGCCGCCGCGCCCGACGAGAUGGCGUCGAUGCUCGAGUCGAUCUGGGGCGAGAAGCCGAUGCCUCUCAUCGCCAUCGACGCCGCCAAUCUCGCCGCCACCGGCAAGCCGCGCGACGGCGGCUACUUGGCGGUGGUGCCGGUGAUGACGGCGCUCGAGUACUACAUGAACCGCUUCCCGGGCUCGAGCGUCGUCUGCCUGCUGCCGCCGGUGUGGCGGACGCCGCGCGCGAUCGACCGCGUGCGAGGCGAGUCGGCGGCCCUCGCGGCGGCGCGUGACGAGCUCGCCACGCUGAUCGAGGCGUCGAUGGCCGAGUGGGCUCCCGAGGGGGCGGCGGACGGCGCGGCGGAGGGCGCGCUGCCGCGGGUGCUCGUGUCGAACGCGAGCUUGUCGGGGGCGGUGGCGGCGUACCGCGACCCGCAGCACCAAGAGGCGAUGCGCGCGUGGCUGCGCGAGUGGGUGUGGCGGACGCCGCGUGGCGAGGCGCACGCGCAGGAGGAGGAGUGGUCCUUCGUCCCGGACGCCCACUUCGCAGCGCCGCCCGAGGCGCCGCUGCAGCUGCUGCGCGGCGGCGGCCUCACGCCCGCCGUCUCGUCCCUCUUCAUGUCGUCGCACCUCGAGCAGCUGCGCGGCACCGCGAUGCCGCACCACCCACGACAACCGGACCCGCGCCCGGCGACGGGCGGCGGCGAGGCGAGCUUCCGGCAGCUCGGCUUCAAGCAGCGCAAGGACGCGUCGGACGUGCUCAACAAGUUCAUCUUCAUCUCGCGCACGCCUGAGUCGCUGGUGGACGACUGCCGCUCCGCGCGCACCGCGCCCGAGCCGCAGGACGAGGUGUUGCCGAGGCACUCCUUGGUACUCAGCUAUGACGUAGUCCCCUUCCCGAGCCGCCAGGUGGACGAGGUGUUGCCGAGCAGCGUCGACCGCAACACGCAGCAGUGGCUCGCGACGCAGCUGAAGGCGCUGUACACGCUGAGCGAGCGCGCGGCGCUCGACGCGGCGGCCAUACCGCACCAGCAGCGGGACCGAACCCACGCCGGGUUCGAUCGCAUGGAGGUAUGGGACUAG